UAGCAACAAAAACAGCAGCAACAAAAAUAGUAGCAGCAACAACAGCAAUAGCAAAAACAGCAGCAACAAAAACAGCAGCAACAAAAACAGCAGUAACAAAAACAGCAACAGCCAAAACAGCAGAGGCAACAAUAGUA